CAGUCCCUGCUCCCCUUGGGUCUCGGCCUCUGACACCCUGAGGUCCCGCGCGGGUGCGGUAUGGAGGCAAAGGUGGAUUCCUCGCCGGCCCCAGACGGCUCGUGCGUGGUGUCAGCAGAGGAGAUCGAAAAGUGGAUGGAGGAGGCGAUGCAGAUGGCCAAACAAGCCCUCGAAAAUACUGAAGUUCCUGUUGGCUGCCUUAUGGUCUACAACAAUGAAGUUGUGGGGAAAGGAAGAAAUGAAGUUAAUCAAACCAAAAAUGCUACUCGACAUGCAGAGAUGGUGGCCAUUGAUCAGGUCCUGGAUUGGUGUCAUCAGAGUGGCCAGAGUCCUUCUACUGUGUUUGAACACACUGUGCUAUAUGUCACUGUGGAGCCGUGCAUUAUGUGUGCAGCUGCUCUCCGCCUGAUGAAAAUCCCACUGGUCGUCUACGGCUGUCAGAAUGAACGAUUUGGUGGUUGUGGCUCUGUCCUGAACAUUGCCUCUGCAGACUUACCAAAUACAGGGAGGCCUUUUCAGUGCAUUCCUGGGUAUCGGGCUGAGGAAGCAGUACAACUGCUGAAGAGUUUCUACAAACAAGAGAAUCCAAAUGCCCCCAAAUCGAAAGUUCGGAAAAAGGAUUGUCAGAGAUCGUGAACUUGUUUUGAGAAAGACUAAUCCACACAGUGACCUGCACAAAAUUCCUGGCCUGAAAGCUGUUGACAUUGAUGAAUCAUAUGUUUAUAUGUUGUUUCUCUGUGGGAAAAUGGUGCCUCUCAUCAUUUGCUCUGUUAAGGGAACAAAUUAGCACUUUUUAAAAGUCUGACAAUUGUAAACAACUAUUAGCUUUUCCACAAGCUGAGAGAACAUUUUAAGAAGGGGGAAAAAUUAAGGUUUGAGGUUUUAGGAAUUAGCAAACAGUGCAUGCCCCUCAGCCACAGCAUGAUGCCCUGUCCAGGAAAGGGCUGGCUUUUCAGGGAAAGUGCAUCCAGCCCUAGUGACCUGCUUAUGUCUGAGCUAGCAUAUGCCAGGCUAGGACUUGUUCUCCAGGCCUGGCCUUUCAGGGUUGGAUUCCUCCCUAGGGACUWGGGCCUGGCUUUAUUCUAAAUUGCAUAUGAGUUGUAUAGAUAUGAUCAUGAUUAUAUAGYCCAUAGUAUAGAUUUUUUUCUUUUAUAAAGCAUUUAGAGAAAAUGCAUACUUAAAAUAAGUCCUUGAAGGUCAUUUUUAAGUUAUAGCAUAUUGCUAUAAUAAAGCCUUAUUUAUGCUUUCUUUGAAAAGGAAUAGUCUUCAAAGUAAAACAUAAAAGUGGAAAUGAGACAAUUCCUUGUUUUUGAGCAACUGUUUUGUGCCAGGGUCCUGGAACAAAACAAAGAAUUCUGCCCUUGUGGCAAAGGGAGACAGAUCAUAAAUAUAGCCAAUCACAUGGUUUACUGAAGGGUGAUAAAAUUGGGGGUAAUGCUAGAUAAGGGUAUGGGCACACCAGUGGUGAUAGGAAUGCUAGUUGCAGAAUUAAAUGGAAAGAUCAAGUUAAUCUAAAAUCAAAGUUAUUUUUGUUUAAAUAUAAUAAACUUUGAAUUUAAUAUUCUAAAAUCUGAAACUGUAAACUCGACACAGGAAAGAGUACCCACUGCAGAAGCCCCAGGCGAUCACCUCACCCACUGCAGUAAGGGUCACUGAUGCCAAGUGCCACUUUGUAGAGCCUCCCUGGGAGCAAUGUGCUUCUCUAGCCAGAAGGGGGCCUCACCGUUCCAGCAGAAGCCCAGUGCCAGGCCCUGGGUGGCAGUGCCUUCUCAGUGCAUUUCUUCAGUGGAUUCAUUUCUUUGAUGCAAAGCAUCUGUAUUUGUUGGUUCUGCCUUUGAGUGAUGUCUCUGACUUGUUUGUUUUGAAUUACAUUACAGGCUGGAAUGUAAUUGUGGUGGAAGUAUUUUUAUAUCACUGAGAGUAGCAGCUAAUCACAGUUACAUGCUUCAGAGGAUUUAUAAUUGCUUGGUUUUGUGCAUCUGUGUUCUUACUGCAUUUGGGAAGUUUUAUGGAGAAGAAUAUGCAUGAUUUAAAAUCUACAAUAAUGUGAUAGGCACCUUCUCUUUGAUUUUACCUAUUUUUAAAAUUGUCUUCUCAUUAAAUUUUAGUGCCUUGACUAGUUUGUUCUUUUUAGCAGUUGGUCAUAAUUCACUUCUGGCUCCUUAGGCUUUUCUGCAAGCAGACUUCAUUUCAUUUAUUGUCUGUAUACCAUCUUCUUGGAGAUUAUUUGUAGGACAAACAACCUGGAGGGUCUUCCCUCUGUAGAGUAGCACACAGUAAAYCUGGCUGAGCACCUUAAGCCAAUAGGUUCUUAGCAAACAUUUGCUAAAUUAAAUUAUUAGCUGAAACUUGGGGGAAAAUGAAUAAGGAGACUAAGAUARAAACACAAAGCCAAAAAAUGGUAUAUGGUUAUAUUAUUCCAGAGACAGUAAUUACUAAGAAUCAAAACAAAGCAGUAAACAGGGAAAGAUAGAAAAGAGACUAUACAUACAUAUGUUCUGUUUUUGUUGUGUUUUGAAGAAUGGGUAAGUAGUAUUUCCAGAUUCUUUAACAUGGAUGAACACUUUAAUUUCAGUUUACCACCUUUUCAGGUCUCUCUCUGUGACUGACUCUAAGUCUGUGGUGAAGUUUCGGACACAUGCAUAGUUAUGUCUAUUGCUUUGGUAGAAAAUCAGUUAAGAUGGCACAUUGUACCCUGGAGGCCAGCAUUCCCAGUGCUGAUGUAAGACCACUGUGGGUGCCACAGACAUUGCAGCUGCAGAAUUCAGACAGCAGUAUUCAUUUAGUGACCCCAGUUCCUGAGUACCAUGUUCUCCAGKGACUUUAGCCAUUGCUUAAAAUAUGAAUAUGUCUCAGCUCAAAAGUUUGCUUUCAAUUCAUUGAUACUGACAGUGCCUACCUAAGAGAACAGCUAAGAAACUUGCUUUGCGUAUGRAUGGUUCUGGAAGAAGUGGGUUACAAAAAGGUUUUAAAGUCACUUUCCUGUUUAGAGAAAUUGAGGGGAAAUUAUUAGAUCUAAGCCACUAGAGUAUCCAAUGUUUGCUGGUUUUUGCAACAAACUCUGCUGAAGAUGGGUGGUAUGUAGUGUUUUGGCAGGCUUCAAUCACUGAUAAAAGAUCAUGUUAAAAUAUCUUUGUGCUUUCUUGUUACUUGGCACAAGCGCUUCUUCCUGURUUGUAUUUGGAAUAUAAUGGAGAGAAA